AUCAAGCACCUAGGCAUGCAGACUGCUUCUACAAACAUUUGUGAAAGAAUGGGUCGCUCUCAGGAGCUCAGUGAAUUCAAGCAUGGUACCGUGAUAGGUUGCCACCUGUGCAAGAAGUCCAUCCAUGAAAUUUCCUUACUACUAAAUAUUCCAUGGUCAACUGUUAGUGGUAUUAUAACACAGUGGAAGCAACUGGGAACAACAGCAACUCAGGCACAAAUGUUAGCCACGUAAAAUGACAGAGUGGAGUCAGCGCAUGCUGAAGUGCACAGUGCGCAUAAGUAGUCAACUGUCUGCAGAGUCAAUAGCUAAAGACCUCCAAACUAUGUGUGGCCUUCAGAUUAGCACAACAGCAGAGUGCUUCGUGGAAUGGGUUUCCAUGGCCGAGCAGCUAUAUCCAAGCCU